CGGUUUAUAUUGGGAGGGGACUGACUCUUCUCAGUGUGGGCCUGUCACUGCCUUGCCAAAGCUCCCACAGGAAUACAUUGCACUUCAUUUUCUCAGUCAGUACACUGGUGACAACUGUUGUGAUUGAAAGAAACGAUAAGGACACUGGGAAGAAAAAAGUUUCCACAGCUCUUUUUUUUAUUAUUUUUUUAUUUUUUUUAUUUUUUUUUGCCCCUGUGGGGCAGUAUUUUCCCCCCAUUUUAUAUUAUUUAUUUAUGUAUUCAUUUUUUAGUCUGGAGUAACGUAUGAGAGAGCCUGAGUGGAAAGAAAGAUAACAGUUGAUUGAUUGUUUGAAGAAAUAAAGACAAGAUGUUGGGAGAGGUGGUUUCAAACAUCUUGAAGUUCUAUGACUACCUUCUCAAACGAACUGACGCCAGAGUGCGGGAUUAUCCACUGAUGCAGAGUCCCAUACAGAUGACCCUCAUCUUGAUGGGAUAUGUGUUCUUCGUUCUAUAUGCGGGACCACGAUACAUGGCCAAUCGCAAACCUUUCCGCCUCAACACAACAAUGAUUGUCUACAAUUUCUCAAUGGUGGCCUAUAAUGCUUUCAUUGUUUAUGAGUUCUUGAUGUCUGGUUGGGCAACAACAUACACCUGGAGAUGUGACCUCUGUGACCCCUCCAGCAGCCCACAAGCACUCAGAAUGGUUCGAGCUGCCUGGUUGUUCUAUUUUUCAAAAUAUGUUGAACUUCUUGAUACGGUGUUUUUUGUGUUGAGAAAGAAGCACAGUCAGGUGACAUUCCUGCACAUCUUCCAUCAUUCCAUCUUACCCUGGACGUGGUGGUGGGGCAUCACUCUUACUCCUGCUGGUGGAAUGGGUUCCUUCCAUGCUUUGGUGAAUGCAUGUGUCCACGUCAUCAUGUACACUUACUAUGGUCUGGCUGCUGCAGGACCACGCUUCCAUAAGUAUCUGUGGUGGAAGAAGUACAUGACUGCAAUCCAGCUGAUUCAGUUCGUGCUGGUGUCUGUCCAUAUCACUCAGUAUUACUUCAUGGAAAAGUGUGACUACCAGGUUCCCAUUUUCAUUCAUCUCAUCUGGAUCUAUGGCACCUUUUUCUUUAUCCUCUUCUCCAACUUCUGGAUCCAGGCCUACAUAAAGGGCAAGCGGCUUCCUGUUAACAGCGAGGACAAACCCAAACAGAAUGGCAUUACCACUGUAACUGCGUCAGUUCCAGUGGCCAAUGGCAAACACUUGGAAAACGGCACUGUGCACUACACUAAUGGAUUUGCCCACAAUGUGAAAGUAAAGGAAGUCUAAACGGACCAAUUAAAAUGCACAGUACAGGACUCCACUGGAAAGUUACACUGGUCCAGAGAAAUGGUUUAGAAGUUAUUUGUUUUUGUUGUCAAAUGUCUAUUUUUUUAUAAUUGCAUGGGAGAUGAAACCGCGCAUUUGAUCUGGCAGUUGGUUCCCCUUUCUUUGUAUUUGAGCAUGAAGAGAAUUCGUCCACUGAAGUCGGCUUCGUAGACGUCCCUCUGAAACCUGACAGCGUUUCUGACAGCUGUCUGUGGUUGAAUCCGUUGACCUUGGCUUUUUUUCUGGCAUAUGAGUCUCCCAGUUUGCACACUGUACAGUUCUCACAGAUCUAACUGAAACUUGAUUGUAAAUAUUUCCUCAGUUUAUUGGAAAUAUGAGUUGUCCAUUUUUUAUUCUGCCCAUAACUUAUGUUAAUAAAAGCUUUUUAUAAUAAA